UGUUAACCAUGGUAAGUUGCUCGCUAUGUAAUAUCUUGCAGAGAAACCCUUUAAAGUGGUCAAAAAGCCAAAAUACUGACUAAAUUCACCAAUGACGUGAUGUGAAACGAUUGAAAUGUGCCUAUUCGAUGACAUGAUUUAAGCUAGUCCAAUACACUGCGGUUCCUUGUGUGCAGUCAUGCUAUUUGGAUGUUUAUGCUAGUAUGGGCAUCUGAAAUGGUCCCCGAUAUUUGGCAUAAUGAGCUGAGUGGCUAACACCAUCAACAUACGAGGUCGAUUAAAAUGCUUUUGGAGUUUAGAUCCACUUACAGAGUAGUCAACGACUGGAACCCCUUUCCUGAUACAGUAGUAACCGCUCCAUCGGUGAACGCUUUCAAUGAAAAAAUUGUAUCUUUUCAGAGAUAUAUUUCGCGAGGAUUAGCAUAGGCCACUAGAGCCUUCUAUCCUUAUAAUUUCAAUUAUGCAUCUGAGCAAAUAAGUGACGCUUCCUCAUUGUUUGGUGCGUUAAAUGUUUCAUAAUACUUGAGUAAGAAAAUGAGUUAUGUACGUGCAUCUUUUCCUUGUUAAGUUCUUCACAGACAUUGUCUUGGCUGGAUGUUUGUCCAGCACUUUUCGAAAUGUACUGUUCUCGUAACGAGACAGGAAAUCAUCGUAUGUUAAUUUCACUUCGUCUCACAUGUAUGGAAACUGUGGAUAUAGACACAUUCCUUUCCCAAAUAAGGUAUUACCCAGUAUUUGCUGCUCUUAAGUAUUCUUGCGGGGCAACCUUUAUAACUAUAACAAGUUUGGAUUAGAAAUAAAGUCCGCCUGACUUGCUAAGGUCUCUGUAAUUAUUGAAAAUACAACUUCUGUGUUCCUUGUGACUGAGAGCUUCCGAAUUACUACAAGCUACAGAAAGAGCAUUCAAAACCAUGCAUAGAGUUAUGAAACGUAACCAGUAUUUUAACUAACUGAUAUAAAACCACCUUUAUUCUGUGUUAAAUUAGUGUUCUCUCUCGUCAGCUGUCCGUCUGAAUGACAAGUUAUAAGCAACGUUAAACAAGUUAACAUGCAUUCCUCUAGAUCUUUACUAAGAGCUAUUAAAGUUCAUAAGGUCUUCUACGAAAAGUGCUUGCUCACGGACAUCAGCAAUACUGUCAUUACAACCAAUUAACAUUCUGAGCUCAGGCGCAGAUGAGGAGAAAGCAGAAACUGCUCGGAUGUCUUCAUUCAUUGGAGCCAUUGCAAUUGGUGACCUCGUCAAAACCACACUUGGCCCUAAGGGCAUGGACAAAAUUCUCUUGUCAUCCGAUGAUAAUGUCGAAGUUACAAAUGAUGGUGCUACCAUACUAAAGUCAAUUGGUGUGGAUAAUCCUGCAGCUAAAAUCCUUGUUGAAAUGAGUAAAGUCCAGGAUGACCAGGUUGGUGAUGGUACAACUUCAGUCACUGUCCUGGCUGCAGAACUACUGCGUGAGGGUGAACAGCUGAUUGCUGCUAAGCUUCAUCCCCAGACUAUUGUUCAGGGUUGGCGGGAGGCUUCGAAGUUGGCUGCAGCAGCUCUUGAUUCAGCUGCAUGCUUAUCGAAUCAAUCAGAUGCUCACUUUCGUGAACGGUUGAUGUGCAUUGCACGUACAACAUUAAGCUCCAAGCUUCUGACUCAACACAAAGAACACUUUGCAAAUUUAGCUGUGGACGCUGUUCUUCGACUAAAGGGGAGUGGAAAUCUGGAUGCAAUACAAAUAAUUCAAAAACUGGGUGGUACGAUGACAGACUCGUAUUUGGAUGAAGGAUUUCUUCUGGACAAACGUCCCGGUGUUAAUCAACCUAAGCGUAUUGAAAAAGCGAGAAUUCUGAUUGCUAAUACACCUAUGGAUGCAGAUAAAAUCAAAGUAUUCGGUAGCAAGAUCCAGGUGGAUGCUGUUUCAAAGGUGGCUGAGUUGGAGCUAGCUGAAAAACAAAAAAUGAAAGACAAGGUUGAUAAAAUCCUGAAGCACAACUGUUCGGUAUUUAUCAACAGACAAUUAAUAUAUAAUUAUCCGGAGCAAUUGUUUGCUGAUGCCGGUAUUAUGGCUAUUGAACAUGCAGAUUUCGAAGGCGUAGAAAGAUUGGCUCUGGUUACCGGUGGCGAAAUCGUAUCAACGUUUGACUCUCCUGAAACCACGAAGUUAGGACACUGUGAACUAAUAGAAGAGGUAACUAUUGGGGAAGAUAAAUUGCUGCGAUUCAGUGGUGUCGCUUUAGGUGAAGCUUGCACAAUAGUUUUGCGAGGAGCAACGAAAAGUAUCUUGGCUGAAGCAGAGCGGUCCCUACAUGAUGCUUUGUGUGUAUUAGCGCUGACUGUAAAAAAUCCUCGAACAGUUUGUGGUGGUGGAGCUAUGGAAAUGUUGAUGGCGGAAGCAGUAGCCCAGGGUGCUGCUAAGACUCCGGGGAAAAUAUCUUUGGCUAUGGAGGCCUUUGCACGAGCUCUGAGGCGUUUACCUACUAUUAUAGCUGAUAAUGGAGGUUACGAUAGUGCUGACUUAAUUUCUCAGUUGCGAGCUGCCCACGCAAAUGGAAAAAAUAGCAUGGGUUUGGAUAUGAACAAUGGAACUAUUGCUGAUAUGAAUAAGCUUGGGAUAAUUGAAUCAUACGAUGUCAAACAUCAUUUGUUGACAUCAGCCUCAGAAGCUGCGGAGAUGAUCAUUCGCGUCGAUGAUAUUAUUAAAGCUGCUCCUCGUCGUCGAACCCCGAGACGAUGCUGACAAUUUUAAAUAUUCUCAAUAUUUGUCUGCUUAAAAAAAAGUGAUUUUUGCUGUUGCAUAUUUGUAAGCUAAACCAGUGAUCCAGUUUUUAAUGUGAAAAUUGCAGUGCUAAUAUAUCUUGAUUUUUUUUUCGAUUAUCCGAUGAAUCGUUGCCUAUAAGUUGUUUCGUUCCACUCACACUGUUUUUCUUGAACAAACCGUAAACUCUUAGCCAAUAUUUCUUUAUGAAACAUAAUGUAAUUUCAAUGGAAAGAUUUAGGAUAUAAAAAGCUCUGGAUUCUGUCUUUAAAUCAACUAAGAUGUUACGUUACGCAUUUGUUGCAGCCUAUAGUUUUCUUUUCUGUUUCCAGGAGAGUUCGCACAACUUAUUAAAAGAAAUGUGAGUUGAGUAUCC